AUCCAAACAUAAUUGCAAUGGGUUUUCCUGCGGAGAGGCUUGAAGGAGUAUACCGGAACAACAUUGAUGAUGUAGUAAGGUUUUUGGAUUCAAAGCAUAAAAACCAUUACAAGAUAUACAAUCUAUGUGCUGAAAGACAUUAUGACACCGCCAAAUUUAACUGCAGAGUUGCACAGUACCCUUUUGAAGACCAUAACCCACCACAGCUAGAGCUUAUCAAACCUUUUUGUGAAGAUCUUGACCAAUGGCUAAGUGAAGAUGACAAUCAUGUUGCAGCAAUCCACUGUAAAGCUGGAAAGGGACGAACUGGUGUAAUGAUAUGUGCAUAUUUGUUGCAUCGAGGCAAGUUUUUAAAGGCUCAAGAAGCCCUAGAUUUCUAUGGGGAAGUAAGGACCAGAGACAAGAAGGGAGUGACAAUUCCCAGUCAGAGACGCUACGUGUACUACUAUAGCUACCUGUUAAAGAAUCACCUGGAUUACAGACCAGUGGCACUGUUGUUUCACAAGAUGAUGUUUGAAACAAUUCCCAUGUUCAGCAGCGGAACUUGCAAUCCUCAGUUUGUGGUGUACCAGCUAAAGGUAAAGAUAUUCACCUCCCCUUCAGGACCCUCAAGACGUGAAGACAAGUAUAUGUACUUUGAAUUCCCUCAACCUUUGCCGGUAUGCGGUGAUAUCAAAGUGGAAUUUUUCCACAAACAGAACAAGAUGUUGAAAAAGGUUGGUUUUCUUUUCUGGAAAAUAUUGAGCCAAUCCUGAUACAGGACUGG